AUGAAUUUUAUAGAAUUAUUAUUAUUUGUAUUAUCAAUAUUAUUAGCUGUAGCCUUCUUAACAGUAGCAGAGCGUAAAACUUUAGGUUAUAUGCAACGUAGAGUUGGACCUAAUGCUGUUGGAUAUUAUGGAGUUUUAAUGGCUAUAGCUGAUGCUGCUAAAUUAUUAUUAAAAGAAAUAAUUUUACCUACUCAUGCUGAUAAAUUUAUAUUAAUUAUAAGUCCUAUAAUAACUUUAAUAUCUGCUUUAUUAUGUUGAGCUAUAAUUCCUUUUGGUCCUGGUAUUACUAUUAUAGAUAGUAAUUAUGGAUUUAUAUUAGCUUUAGCUAUAGGUAGUGUUGGAGUUUUUGGUUCAUUAUUUGCUGGUUGAGCUGGAAAUAGUAAAUACUCUCUUAUUGGUUCUAUACGUUCUACUGCUCAAUUAAUUAGUUAUGAAUUAGUAUUAACAACUGUUAUUUUAAUUUGUAUAUUAUUAACUGGUACUAUGAAUCUUUCAAGAUAUGUAGAAUUACAAGAAUCAAUAUGAUUAGUAGUUCCUUUAUUACCUUUAUCAUUAAUAUGAUUUAUAGGUUGUGUAGCAGAAUGUGCUAGACCUCCUUUUGAUAAUGUUGAAGCUGAAUCUGAGUUAGUUUCAGGACAUAUGACAGAAUAUUCAUCUUCUAUAUUUGUUUUAUUUUUCUUAUCAGAGUAUGCUUCUAUAUUAUUUUAUUCUACAUUAACUGCUAUUUUAUUCUUUGGAGGUGGAACUGGUUUAAUUUUAGGAUUAAAAGCUAAUUUCUUUGCUUUUACUUAUAUUUGAGUAAGAGCUGCUCUACCAAGAGUAAGAUAUGAUAAAUUAAUUGCAAUGUGUUGAAUUGUAUUCUUACCUUUAUUAUUUGCAUUAGCUUUAUUUAUACCAUCAUUAAUUUAUAUUAUAGAUGGAUACCUAUUCAUAGAAUAA